GUUUGGAAGUUGUUUGCGAGUUGCUGUCUUGUGCAUGUUUUUUAUAAAUCGGUACAUUUUUAUUUGUAAAUCGCUCUUUUUUAUUUGCUUGUGUUUUGCACGUCAGGGCCACGCACCGCACGGUAGCGACUGAGCCCUCGUUCAUUUCUCUGGGGUUGACCGGCGCACCCUAACCGCUCCCAGCGGGGGUCAAACAGACCUCACUUACCAGAGACUGAUUAAUAAGUGUUUUAUAUGUAGGGAUGAAACGAGAGGGAUGCAGUAUUGUUUUAGUUCAAUGAUAUGCACACACUGGCAACUGGGAGAGAUGUCAAUCCGUUAUGAAAAAGCGUGGUGUUUUAUUUAAUGAUGUAAAGCGUUUUGUAACCGAGCCCAUCUUUGCGGCGAUUCUGAUAUGAAAUGCUGGGUUGUGUGCUGCGGGCAGCAGCGCGCUCGGUGUGACUGUAUUAUAUUGAUAAUAGCAGUACCUGACAUUGCUGCCGGUCUUUCAUUUCCUUUGUUCAGGCUGCAGGGAUGUGAAACAUUUCACAGCAUCGUUUCCGCGCGCUCCCCACAUCACUGGAGUUGCACUUUUGUUUGAUUGGGUAGAAAGCCAAGGAUCUAGGUCUGGAUUAAGAGUGAUCAGGAGACUGAAAACGUGAGACAGAGGCCUUUAUCCGAAGCGACUUACAGAGUCUAGGGUGUGUGAACUAUGCAUCAGCUGCAGAGUCACUUACAACUACGUCUCACCCGAAAGACGGAGCACAAGGAGGUGAAGUGACUUGCUCAGGGUCACACAAUGAGUCAGUGGCUGAGGUGGGAUUUGAACCGGGGACCUGCUGGUUACAAGCCCUUUUCUUUAACCACUGGACCCACAGUCUAAAGUUCUCAUGUUUUUUUGUUUAAAUUAAACUUUUGCAUGAUUUGCCAAUCCAGCCUCUAUUGCAAAGCGGCCCAGAGAGAUGCAUGAAAAAAAAAGUUUACAAUGACAAAUUAGCAAGUUCGAAUUCAUUUUAAUUAACCGGAUGUGGUGCCUUUAACCGGAGGCGUGGCCGCACAUGCCCGGUGCAGCUUGCGCAUGCUCUGUAGAGCAGACCCCGCCCCCGUGGGGCCGCCAUGACCGCGCGUGCGCCUUGGCAGCGCGCGGAGGGGGUCGUUGCAGCUUUAAGAAGCUCGCGGCUGAGGGGAUUUAACGAAACAGACGAGAGAUCGGUUAUUUACACACACAAAAAUAUAUAUAUAUAAUAAAAAGACAAUUAAAUUAAGAAAAGACGCUUUAAAAACCCCUCAUAAUAUAAGCGGCGGUCCACCGGUGUGGUGGUAUAUUAUUAUUAUUAUUAUUAUUAUAAAAAUAGUGAAACAUUGUUUUAAAGGCGUCUUGUUUGUUUUUUUUGUUUUGUUUUUAAAAUACAUAUUUAUGCCCGAAGAUGAUAUAAGCGGCUGCGCGAAGAAGGGGAAGUUGGGCUGAGUAUAUAUUUUCGCUUGUUUUAAAAGAAAUCCCGUAAUUUGUGUAUUAUUGUGGAGUGUGGGGAGCCAAUAUGGCGGAGCAUGAGGAGGCGGAACCCAAGUGUAUUGGGAAUGAGGAGAAAGCACGCAAUGUGUUUGGCGGCAGCACAGAAAGAAGCGCUGGGGUGGAAAUGGAGACAGAGUCACCCGAGGAAUAUUCUGCUAAAACGCCGGGGAGCAAAAAGGACAAUAAAACUACUGCUGCCUUCGGGGGGCUCAGGAUAAUCCCACCCUUGGACGAGGGGGAGGGGGAUGGAGACCCCUUCGGGAACGGAGACGAACUGGCAGGCAUUCCUGUGGUGGGGAGCGACAGCGAGGGAGAAUUCGGGGGUGCUCUGGGAGACGAGGACGACGAUAACAGCGACGUUCCGCAUGGAUUCAAGUCUCCCAUCGUCUCCCUGCGUUCCCAGGGUGAGGAGGAGGAGGAGGGAGAGGAAGAAGAGGAGGAGGAAGAGGAGGCAGGGAAAGCCAGUCCUGGGAGUGGGGAGCCCAGCUUUGAAGCCACAGUUGCUGCAGUCACAGCAGAGAGAAGCGAGGAUGAGCAGAGUCCUGGAGGGGAGUUGGGGCAGCGGGGUGUGGAGGGCAUGGUGUGGAGCUCUGUCCCGGGGGCAGGACUCAGCCCGGUCAGCGAGGAUGAGCUAGGGCACAGGACCCCGGCACAGGAGGAGGCCAGUGGAGCGGGUUCGAGAGGGAGCGAGACCCAGAGCAACAAGGCCCCGGCUGCAGCAGGACAAGAGAACGGGAGGAGGCUGGAGUCGCCUGUGUCGAUGCGUCCGGACACUGCAUACCGGGAGCCCCACAGUGAGGCUGCGAGGGCCCCCCUGGUCCCGGAGCUUCAGAUCAAGGACGAGCCCGUGGACGAGGAGUACGACAAGGCGCUGGCGCCCCAGACCGGCCUCAUUGACAACAUCAAAGAUGAGCCGGACAACGCAGAGGAGUACAACCAGAAGCAGCCGCAGCCCCAGACUCACGAGGAGCUGAAGAUCAGCGCCGUGUUCUCUGUCAGCGGCAACCCUGCAGGUCCCCAGUACACCUCGGGAGGUGUUGCAGCUUCUGCCCCGGUGAGGAUCGUCCCGGGGCCCCUGGUAGCGAAACCCCUCCUCCCCAGCCCUGCCCCGGCCCCGGCCCCUGCUCCAGCCCCUGCCCAGGCUGUCAGGGUGUCCUGCUCGGGGUGCAAGAAGGUCCUGCAGAAGGGCCAGACUGCCUACCAGCGCAAGGGCUCCACCCAGCUCUUCUGCUCCACGCUUUGCCUGACCGGCUACAACGUGCCCCCUCUCAAACCCCUGAUCCAGAAGACGUGCCACUACUGCCUGAAAGAGAUUCCCAACCCGAAGGACGUGAUCUGUGCUCCGGUGGACAGUGUGGGGACGGUGAAGGAUUUCUGCAGCCAGGCCUGCCUCACUCCGUUCCACUUCAAGAGGAAAGCCGUGGUGCCGAUGUCGGCGCCCAGCGAGGGCAGGAUCAUCAAGUGCAGCAUGUGUCAGAUGAGAGCCCUGGACAUGCAGAGUCAACAGACAGGGGCCCUGCAGAUCCGCCACGAAGUGAACUACCAGAACGUGGUGCACAAGCUGUGCAGCGACUUGUGCUUCUCGAGGUUCAGAGCCGCCAACAACCUGACGAUGAACUGCUGUGAGCACUGCGGGGCGUACUGCUACAGCGGGACGGGCCAGUGCAGCGUGCUGCAGAUCGAGGGCCAGGCCAAGAAGUUCUGCAGCUCCACCUGCCUCACCACGUACAAGCAGAAGUGUGCGAAGGUGACCUCCUGCACUGUGUGCCGCUCUCUGCGCUCCUCGGCUGAGAUGGUGGAGAGCACGAACGCCCAGGGGAAGACGGAGCUGUUCUGCUCGGUGCACUGCCUCUCUGCGUACAGCGUGCAGUCCAUCUCCACUUCAGGCAUUCAUGUUCAGUGUAACAGCUGCAAAACCUCCGCUGUUCCUCAGUAUCAUUUAGCCAUGUCUGACGGGAGCAUUCGCAACUUCUGCAGCUACAACUGUGUGGUCAACUUCCAGAACACAUUCAGCAAGCCCUCUGGCCAGGCCUCCUCAGUGGUGCCCCUGACUCAGGGCCAGGUGAUCGUCAGCAUGCCCUCCUCCUCCUCUUCCUCCUCUUCACUGGUCAGCACCACAAGCUCCACGGCCAGCACUGGGCUGGCGCUGGCGGCACAGCCGGUCACUCCGGGGAGCGUGGCCAGCUCUCCGGUGCAGAGGCUGGCGGGACAGAGCCAGCAGCAGACACAGACACCGACACCGACACAGGCACAGGCACAGGCACAGGCACAGGCACAGGCACAGGCUCCCCUCUCCCGCACCACCGGCAUACCCAAGCUCAGCUGCCAGCACUGCCACAGACUCUUCCUGUCCAAACCGGAGCUCCUCCAAUUCAAGGACCGCAUGCUGGUGUUCUGUGGGAAGAUGUGCUUCGACGAGUUCAAGAAGGUCAGCUUUGUGAUGGCGAGGUGCGAGUACUGCAAGAUCGAGAAGAUCGUGAAGGAGACCAUCAAAUUCAACAAGCAGGGCCGCUCCUUCUGCAGCGAAGGCUGCAAGCUGCUUUAUAAGCACGACCUGGCUAAGCGCUGGGGCGCUCACUGCCGCUCCUGCACCUACUGCGGCAGCGCCUCCCAGAGAGUGGUGCAGAAUCACUUUGCAGGGAAGCUGGAGGAGUUCUGCAGUGAGGAGUGCAUGUCCCUCUACACCGUCCUCUUCUACCAGAUGGCGAAGUGUUACGCGUGCAAGCGGCAGGGCAAGCUGAUCGAGUCUGUGAAGUGGCACGGAGAGAUGAAGCAUUUCUGUAACCUGCAGUGUCUCCUGGUCUUCUGCAGCCAGCACAGCUCAGCAGAGGCCUCUGGCAACACAGUGAAUGCAGUUGGUGUCCCCCUUAUUGCCCCAGUGCCUGGCCCUCUUGCUCCCCAGCUCCCUUCUGCCCUGCCCUCCCUGCCCCUCUCACCCCCCGGACACAAGGAGGCCACGCCAGUGAUCGCCAGUGUGGUGUCUCUGGCGAGCGCGCCGGCCACUCAGCCCUGCGUGGACUCCACCGCAGCGCUGCAGGGAGCUGUCCCUCCCGUGCAAGCCAAGAUCAUCGAACAUGCCAGCACUCAGACCGAUGCCCUGAAGCUGCCCCCCGCGGCGCCCCCGCGCAUCCUGAAGAACAAAGCGCUGCUCUGCAAGCCCAUCAGCCAGACCAAGGCCACCUCCUGCAGACCACACACCCAGAGCAAGGAGUGCCAGACAGAACCCGAGCCGGAGCCGAAGCCAAAGCCGGAGUUCAUAGUGCUGCCUAUCCCAGUUCCAGUGUUCGUGCCUGUACCUAUGAACCUGUACACCCAGUACACACCCUACCCCUUUGGGGUGCCCCUGCCGCUGCCAGUGCCCAUGUUCAUCCCCACCACUCUGGACAGCGCUGCGAAGAUCCUGGAGACGAUCCAGGACAUCAAGGAGAAGAUCCCCUCGAACCCCUUUGAGGCGGACCUGCUGCAGAUGGCAGAGAUGAUCGCCGAGGAGGAGGAGGAGAAGGAGAAGCCCGCCUCGCACGGGGAUCAGGGCAGCACGUACAGCGGGGACCUGGAGUCGGAGGCCGUGUCGACCCCGCACAGCUGGGAGGAGGAGCUGAAUCACUACACCCUGAGAUCCAGCGCCAUGCAGGAGCCAGCGCACGAGCUGAAGCAGCUCUCCCGCAUGGAGCAGGAGCAGGACAUCGAGGCAGACUUCCCCCCGGAGUCGUUGGAGCCGGCUGGGAGGGAGGUGGUCGUGACGCCCAGGCAGCGUGGCCGGAGGAGACCCAGGGAUGGGUUCCCACCGCGGAAACGGGGUCGGAAGCGUGCCUCCGCAGUGGUGUCGUCCGGUCUGUCCCGCAGCUCCAUGCCCCCACCCAGCAAACCCCGAAACACGCUCAAGUUCAUGUACGGGGUGAACGCCUGGAAGAACUGGGUGCAGUGGAAGAACGCACAGGGGACGGAGGAGCUGAGAUUCGGGGCGCGCCCGAUGAAGCCGAAGGAGGACAUUCUGAACUGCAGCUCUGCAGAGCUCAGCUACGGGCUGUGUCAGUUCAUCAAGGAGCUGCGGAGACCCAGCGGGGAGAAAUACACGCCAGACAGCGUCUUCUACCUGUGCCUGGGCAUUCAGCAGUACCUGUUUGAGAACGGCAGGAUAGAGAACAUCUUCACAGACCUCUUCUACAGCAAGUUCACCAUGGAGAUCACCAAGAUGCUGAAGAACUGGCAGCCCACAGUCCUCCCCAGCGGGUACCUGCACUCCCGAGUGGAGGAGGAGUACCUGUGGGAGUGUAAGCAGCUGGGCGCGUACUCCCCGAUCGUGCUGCUCAACACGCUGCUCUUCUUCAACACCAAGCUGUUCCAGCUCAGGACUGUCCGGGAGCACCAGCGGCUCUCCUUCGCGCACGUCAUGCGCUGCACCAAGGCCCUGAAGCACAACGCCAAGACCACCUACCUGCGCUUCUUCCCCCCGGUGCCCAAGAAGGAGCCCGCGGAGAAGUCCUCUGGUCUGGGCAAGCGGAAGCAGAGCCCGCAGGAGGAGCAGGAAGAGGAGGUGAUGGAGAUGGCAGAGAACACAGAAAACCCUCUGCGCUGCCCCGUGCGCCUCUACGAGUUCUACCUGUCCAAGUGCUCUGACAGUGUGAAGCAGCGCACGGACGUCUUCUACCUGCAGCCCGAGCGCUCUUGUGUGCCCAACAGUCCGCUCUGGUACUCCUCCCUCGCCAUCGACCCCGAGACGCUGGAGACCAUGCUCACCAGGAUCCUGAUGGUGCAGGAGGUGCAGGAGGAGCUGAGGAAGGGCCGUCCGGACAGCCUGAACCACCAUUCCCAGGGAGAAGGGUAGCGAGACAGAGAGAGAGGAGUGAGAUAGAGAGAGAGGAGUACACUGGGUGAGCAGAGAGGAGGAAGAGAUAGGAGGUAGUAUUUCACACUUUUAUAUAUAGAUAUAUAGAAUACAUUAUUCCGACCCUGCCAAACCUCACUCUCGUUUUUGCUAAUAAAAAUAAAUAAAAAUCAAGUACUCUAUAAAUGUGAGACAACACAGAUGAUGGGGGGGGCAGGGGGGGUAAGAAAGGGGUUUAGAACAUUUCAAGAUCAGCGGUUAGUGUGAGCUGUAGUACAGCUGUGAGACUGGGCUCGCCCACAAAAACACUAAAACCCUGGACUGGAGCGUGAGGACUGCACUGCACAGCCCUGACCAGCAGAGUAUUGUGAUGACUGCACCUGUACCGGGACUAGAGAAGCCAGAUCAUCAGUCCUCUCCAUAGUCCAGCGCGGUACUGUGCUACUGACAGCAUUUCAUUCUGUAAACAGGGGGGGGGGGGUUCAUAAACAAAGCACCACAGCGGCGUGAAGGGAACCCCUUUGUAAAGAACGUGUGGCUUCCCUUCGGGGUUAUUAGUACACAGUCACUGUGGAUGGAGUCACAUAUGCUGUACAGCGUCUCAGCUAGCUGGAAUGAAAAGCAUUGAUGGAGCUCUGUUUGUUUUGUAAUCAGGGCAGUACCCCUCCACAGUGAAUGUGUUUAUUACAUUACGUACAAUGUUAAUGACUCUCCCUGUGUGUGGAGUAUCGACACAGCAUUUCCACAGUGGUUCUCAACUCCAGUUCCUGCUGCCAGUGACCAGUCCAGGUUUUUGUUUUAACCAGGACCGAAUUAUAAAUACUGUUUUUAUUUUAUUUUUUAAAUGUGUAUUUCUCACAACACUACUUCUGAAAGCUCACAGCAGCACUAAUUCACUGUUCAAUUUAUAUUUAUUCGUUAAUCAGGUUCAAAUAAAGUUUCACCAAACUGGAAGGGGGGGAAAAAAUGAGAACGCUUGUUUGCUGUAGACGCCAGUCACUGGAGUUGAGGUUCAGUCCACUGGGGGUCUCACUGUGAAGCAGUGGAGUUUUAUUGUAACAAACCUGUAGGCACUGUGCUCCGACUUUGUGAAUUUCAUUCUCACUAAAUUGUGAAUACGGACUAGGAUUCUGUCUGCGUUUGUUUUUAAUGUUUGUUUUUUUAUUAUUAUUGAAUCGAUGGCAUGUAUGCGGGGGAAAUAAGUCUCUGUUGAUCUUGAAAUGAACAGCUGGAGCGGAGUUACGGAUGCGUUGACAAUGCUGCUGAAAGAAGCCGAUUGAAAACAGGAACUUUCUCUUCUGCAAUCCGGUU